UCCUGCCGCUAGGAUGCCCGUAAACGCUGCUCCUUUAUCGCCGGAGUACACAGUCACUGGGAAGGGCAAGGGGCAAGAGAACGAUAAAGAGAAGGAGAAAGAGAAAGUGCUACUAGCAUCGCAGCGCAUUGUGCCACAUUUAAAAAUGAAAACAGACGAAGGAAUGAAGUGAAGGCGCAAGCCAAAAGCCGUUUAAUAACUAAAUCCCACGGAGCCAUCGUUGGUCACGUUCCGAGACGGAUACACAAAAAUGCCACCUCUCUCCGCAGCCAUGUCGGUGUCUGUGUGUGUCGGUGCGAGUUCCGUUGUGUAUUGGUGCGGGUGUGCAUACCUAUAGGGUCUCCUGGCUGGCCUGGCUGACUGGCACCUAAUGUGGUAACAUCCACAUACACACAUCGGUGAAAAUAAUAAUACAAAGCCCUCGUCCUUGUCGCUACUCGCCGCCAGUUGCCUGUCAUCGUGUGCGUGCCCGUGUCCGUAUCCGUGUCGGUGUCCGGGGUCCGUGUCCGCGACCGCGUUCGCAUCCGCGUCCCUGUGUGGAUCUGUGUCCCCCGCCAAGCGGAAAUAUUUUCGAAAUCCGUGUUAUUAAGCCACGCACACAAAGAGUCAGACCAAAAUAAACCUAGCGCUGGUCGCAUUGUUGAACGGAUUGAUUGGUAAAUUGUUGUACGUUGGCAUUGAUUGGUGAACUGUGUGUGUGUCAUUGGUGAAUUGUUGAGAGAAUUGUUGAAUACCUUUCGAGAACUGUUGAUUGGACGCGCCAUGGCGCCUAAUUAUUGCGCGUUGCGCAAUCCCAUCCCCGUGGUAAGCUCCGGAUUAAGCCAGCAAGAGUAGUAGUUCAGGCAACCGCAGGACAAAGCGCAGCAGGAGUUAAGAGCCGGACUUCGGGGGAUGAUGACGUUGGUGUCAUUUGGAAGUCAUUGCGGAGACCCAAUUAUUAUUAAACCUUAAACCGUAAACGGAGCGAGCACAGCAGUGAGCCGCAGCGGAGGACUCCGCCGUGCCACCAGCACCAGCAGCAGCAGUAGCUGUAGCCAGUAGCCAGUAGCCGAAGCAGUCCGAGUGGAGAGCAUAAACCAUGUGGACAACGGACUGCCCGAGAGCGUUGAAAGCGAUUUGCCUGGUGCCGCUGUGGCUGUUCCUGCACCUCGAUUGCGGCCUGGUUGGCGGCGAGGUGCCGCCGCAUUACUGGGAGACACCCUACUCGCAGCCGUACUUCGACAACUCCUCGAGGCGCGAGGUCACCGCAACCGUGGGCCAGGCAGCCCUGCUGCACUGCCGCGUCCGGAAUCUGGGCGAUCGAGCGGUGUCCUGGAUACGAAAGCGCGACCUGCACAUCCUUACGGUGGGCAUACUUACCUAUACAAACGACCAGCGCUUCCAGUCGCUGCACUCCGAGGGUUCCGACGAGUGGACGCUGCGCAUCUCGUCGCCCCAGCCCCGUGACUCGGGCACCUACGAGUGCCAGGUGUCCACCGAGCCCAAGAUCAGCCAGGGCUUCCGCCUCAACGUGGUGGUGUCGCGGGCCAAGAUCCUGGGCAACGCGGAGCUCUUCAUCAAGAGCGGCAGCGACAUCAAUCUCACCUGCCUGGCGAUGCAGUCGCCGGUGCCGCCGUCGUUCAUCUACUGGUACAAGGGCAAGCGGGUCAUGAAUUAUAGCCAGCGCGGUGGCAUCAACGUCAUCACGGAGCGUUCCACGCGCACCAGCAAGCUCCUCAUCGCCAAGGCCACGCCGGCGGACUCGGGCAACUACACCUGCUCCCCGAGCAGCUCAGACUCCGCCUCGGUGGUGGUGCACGUCAUCAACGGGGAGCAUCCGGCCGCCAUGCAGCAUGGCAACAGCAGCGCCAGCUGCCUGCGCCUCCUGCCGCCGGCCACGUCCGUGCCUUUAGCCUUUGCUGCCAGGAUGGCGAUGACAGUGGCGGCUGUCGCCUGGAACUGCAACUCCAACUACUAUGGCAACGGCAACUGGAACUGGAACUAUAACUGGCACUGGCACAGGCACUGGAACUGGAACUGGAUGCUGGGUGGCCUCUGGGGCUGGAGCUGAUGCAACUGGGCUCCAUGCUGAAUGCAGAACGCCGAACGCUGAACGCUGAACGCUGAAAGCCACUGUUCCAGCCUAGUUGGGACUGGGCCCCGCUCCUCCCCAGGUGCAUUUAAUGAGCGCGGAGGAGCGUCUUACGAACUAGUGUACAUAUACAGUGUGUCCUUUAAACGAGUAUUAUCUAUAAGACAUCCCGAGGAGAGGCAGGCAGGCAGUAUUACGAACGAACUUUUAAUCAAGACAGCACAGUCAACGGGAAGAGUCCAGGCCCCCCAGCACUAUAUACAUCCCUUACUUAUCAAAAAACGGAAACAAGGAACCCAUAAAUAGCAGCUGCUUCGCCCCCAUUCAUCCGACCAUUUCAAAAGCUGAGUUGUGUGUUGUCAUUGUUUUAAUUUGGAAUUCAUUUCUUUUUCGAAUGCCACUGGGAGGGACAGGCAUACAUAAUAAUCAUUAUACACGGGCCAAAAGUCAGCAAUUAUAGUCAACCUUUCGGUGAAACAGAGUUUACCACACUUUAUAGUUUACAGUUUACAGUUUACAGUUCCCAGUUUAUUUUGUUUUAACAGAAGCAGAAAUGUCCGAUUGUAUAUACAAGAAAAACACACAAAUACUACAGAAACAAACAUUUUAGGCCUUCGAUUGUUAUUUAUUUAUACCGAAAUCAUACACCCAGAAACACACUCCUACAUACACACACACACCCCUGCACGAUAUAGGGGGAGGUAACCCUCGGCUAUAUAUAGAUGGUUAUUCAGUGUAUAUGGAUAAGUUUUUAUCUGGUUGUCAGCCGCGAAAUUGUUCUACGUAGUCCAUCAUCUAGUUACUGUGUAAAAUAUUCAUACUUGAUAAUUGUACAUUUAGAGGUCGGUUUUAAGCGGUCUUGAUAAGACUUUUAAGCAGUAAGAACGAACGGAAGCACUCGGUUCACAACCAAAGAAAAUAGUCAAAGAAAUUAUGGAAAUUAUUAAACUAAACGGAAAGGUAAAUGAAGCUAACCUAAGCAGAGUCAAAGUAUGUUUUUCUGUUUAAACAAAAGCUAAAAUAAACGAACAAUGUUUCUCCA